CGCAGCACCAUCUGACUGACCGGAUACCCGGCACGACACUCGUACGAGUCGGACUGGCCUCCGAGAUUGUCCAACACACGCUUUUCUUCUAUCUCGUCUGGUUCCGGGUAUAAAUAUCACCCUCAUGUUUCGUCAUCAUGCAGUCCUCGCCGGCCGACGGCUUCAAGCGCAAAAGUUUGAAACUCUCUGCGGUUUUGCGAGCCCGCCGACUUCCCUUCUCACCUCAUGAUGACUCGAAACUCGCUCGACAACCUGGCGACUCCGGUUGACAAGUCACACACUUCGGAGGACGGCAAUCCAGGAGUUGCCACGCCUGCUACGAUGGCACCACCAAGUAAACCCGAGGUCAAGGUCGACAUAGAGCAUGUGCACGUCGAGGAUGACCCUCGAUCGUGGUCGAACACUCGGAAGAAUACAAUCCUCGUUAUCAUAUCAGGAGCGUCCAUGAUAGCGGGUUUGUCAGCCAACAUCCAGAACCCUGCCAAUGCCCAAAUAGAAUCGCAGCUCCAUGCAACGAGCCAGAGUAUCAGUUUGAGUCUGUCUCUGUUCAUUCUCGUUCAAGGUAAUGUUCCACUCAUCUGGAGUGCACUUAGCGAGAUAAAGGGCCGUAAGCCGGUGUACCUCGUCUCGAUCGCGAUAUUCGCCGUCUGUUCCGCCAUCGUCGCUAUCUCACGUUCCAUAGGCCUGGUCAUAGGAAUGCGUGUGCUGCAGGGAGCUGGCUCAAGCUCCGUCAUCAGUAUCGGCGCGGCGACGCUCGCUGACAUCUAUGAGCCUCACCAGCGUGGCACAAUGAUGGGCAUCUACUACUCUGCGCCCCUGCUCGGGCCCUCGCUCGGCCCCAUUGUCGGCGGCGCGCUCACACAGGGCCUCGAUUGGCGUGCCGUUUUCUGGUUCCUGUGCAUAUGGGGCGGGAUCAUCGUCUUUGCGUUCGCGUUUCUCUUUAAAGACACGUUCAGGAAGGAGCGAAGCCCUAUAUAUCAGAAUAUCCUCAAGCGGCGGGUCAAGGAGAGAAAGGAGACGGAGGCGAAGAAGGCGAGGUCGGGCGAUGUGACACCUGCAACGGCGAGGCCGUCUGAGGAGCAUGUACCGGGUGUGGACGAAAAGGCGGGUAGGCAGGUGCCAACACCAAAAGAUUUGGAGGCGCACAGAGCGACAUCAGUUGUGGUGUCGACGGAGGUGAUGAAGGAGGUGAAGCCUUCGCUUGCGGAUGUCAACCCCAUCCCGCCCUAUCUCAGGGUACUGAGGCGGAAGAAUAACCUUGCUAUCCUAAUCCCUUCCGGGCUUCUGUUUGCCUUCAGCUUUAGCAUCACGUACACCUGCGCACGGACACUCGCCGACACGUAUGGCUACAACGCAUUGACGACUGGGCUAGUUUUGCUUGCUUACGGCAUCGGUAGCAUGGCCGGUAGCGUCCUCGGCGGCCGCUGGUCCGACCGAACAUUAGCCCGACUAAAAGCUGCCAACGGUGGUACCAGCUACGCUGAGAUGCGGCUCGAAAGCACGAAACCCGCGAUGCUCUUCUUCCCUCCCGCCGUGAUCGGCUACGCGUGGACGUGCCAGGAACGCGUGCACAUCUCCGCCGUCUGCGUCAUGCUCUUCCUCUGUGGCUUCUUCUCCAUAUGGAUAUACAGCAGCACCCUCGCGUACAUCGUCGACGCCAACGUCGGCCGCUCUUCGAGCGCCGUCGCGACCAACAGCUCCUUCCGCGGGCUCUUCGCGUUCGUCGCAGCCGAGGUCGCCGUUCCGCUCCAGAACGCGAUUGGCGACGGUGGACUGUACACCCUCUGGGCAGGAUUAAUGCUCUUCGCGCAAGGCAUGAUCCUUCUUGUUCUCUAUAAGGGUCGCAAGUGGCGCGAGCAGAGCAUCGAGGCGGAGACGGCGCGCCAGGACCGCAAGGACGCAGCUUGACAGGCGGCGUAGUAUUUAUACCGCGGCGCAAUCUUUGGAUUCAUUACGAUUUCUUUCAUGUUUGACGUUUAGAUUCAAGGAGCUUCAUGUGCGUUAUGGACUUUUUACGUAGACUUAUCAUUAUUCUGCCGAUGUUAUAGAUGUUUCAGUUGCUCAUGUUGCGCUAGUUACCUUGUAGGUCAGAACGCUUGCGAAGUCGUGUGUGAGCUCUGCUGCGAUGAUGAAGUGACUGCAAUGUUCAUAAAUAAUGGAAACUUCA